AUGUCUCUUCGUCUCGCUGUUGACGCUGGUCAAAUGUCGACUUAUAGCCCGGUUCUGGCGUUUGUGUGUGUUGCAACUGCGAGUGUCCUACCAAAAACUCUUGCGAUAGAGCGUGACUGGCGCCUCAGUCCUCAUGCUAAAAAGCGAGUCGAUUGGGUUAUGCCCGUUCUGACAGCUUCCUAUCUUUUCGACCUGGUGCUGGUUCACUGGCUGUCACGCACCCAUGGCGACAUCUACACAUCGACAGCUGGACCGAGCUCCGUAUUGAUUUGGCUUCUUCUGAGCAUCUGGUUCUUGGAGCAAGAAAAUCCCCAUCCUGCUGCAUUCUUAACCGCAUGGUGCUCAACAGCUGUCGUCAGCCUAGGAUUUCUACUGCAGCGUCGCAGUCAUCUGCUAGUCGCGCAGCAGGUCUGGAUUCUGAUUCGAGGUAUUUCACUGCUGGUAGCUGCUCUUUACUCGUUUGCAAACUUCCAAAGUCACAACAACGAUUCCGCCACAACAGAUGCCACGAAGACAGUCUCGCCCACAGAGACUAUUGACGACGAAAGCAAUGAGUCUUCUUCUGAGACCACUGAUGGCACUGAUUUGGAUGAGAAGUCCUUAGGUGGGACCGAGGAUGCGGGUGACGAUGACGAUGAUGAAGAUGAAGAGAAGAUUGGAAGACAGAUGCAGCAAGAGCGGGUAGCAAAAGUAGGCGGCUGGAUCAACUAUUUGAAGACUCUGACGACCUUCAUUCCAUACAUUGUCCCUUACCAAGGGCGCAUGAGAUGGUGGUUUAUUGCAUAUGGUCUUUGCACGCUCUACAACCGUGCUGCGGCUGUAGUCGUUCCUCGCCAACUCGGUAACUUUACCGAAGCGCUCACAAAGUUGCACGGCACUGGUACCCUUCCCAUCCAACAGCUCGUAAUGUACAUUUUGCUAAAGUUUAUUGUGGGCAACGCCAUUGAGCUUGUUCGCGACAUGGCUUCGAACCGAUUAUCGCAGCAGGGUGGGAUGCGUCUAAACAUUGUUGCAUUUUCGCACGUCAUGGGUCUUUCCAUGGACUAUCACACUUCCAAAAGCACUGGUAAGGUCAUUCGAGCCAUUGAGCAGGGUUCUGACGUUUCCUAUCUCUAUGACAGCUUUGUUACCAUUGUCCCUGUCUGCAUCGACUUUGUCGUGAGCAUGUUUGUACUCACAAACACUAUUGGCGUGGAAGUUGGAUACACUAUUGUCAUCGUCACCAUACUUAAUGCCUACGUCUCCAAGAAAACCAGCGACAUGAUGGAGAAGCACCACGAAGAGACAAACAAAAGCUACGAGGAGGAAUCCACGAGCUUGUUUGAUACCGUGAGCAAUUGGUACACGGUUGCCAUCCACAACAGAGGCUCAUAUGAGGCGGACCGUUACGCUGCCAUGAUGGAGAAAGGAAUCAGCCUCCGCUGCUUUUCAUAUGAUAUGUCAAUGAUUUGCGACGGCUUCCAGCGCAUCAUCUUGGAUGUGGGCUAUCUUGUGGCCAUCUAUCUUGCUGCAUGCCGCACAGCCGAUGCAUCUGGUACAGUUAGCGAUGUCAUUUUCCUAACUUCAUACUGGGAGUCUAUCACUCGACCAUUAAUGUCGAUUGUACGCAUGUUCUCGUGGGCAUCGGGCAGCCUGAUCUCCGCCGAAUGGUUGUAUCAGCUUUUGCACACCAAACCCUCAGUGGACGACAAGACCGACGCCAAAGAAUUGCAGAUUUCUGGCUCAACCAUCGAAUUCAGAGAUGUGUCUUUCAGUUAUAAUGAAGAUCGCUGCGUCCUUCGCAAUGUUUCCUUCACGGCCGAAACUGGACAGUCAAUUGCUCUAGUAGGGGAAACUGGCAGUGGCAAGUCUACGAUCCUGAAGCUCCUCUGGCGGUUUUACGACGUCACUUCAGGCAACAUCAUGAUCGAUGGUCAAGAUGUGCGCGACGUCACUAUAUCGAGUCUCCGAAAUGAACUUGGUAUUGUUCCCCAAGAUCCCUCCGUCUUCGAUUUCAGCAUUAUGCAGAACCUCAAGUACGCCAAGGAAGGAUGCACUGACGAACAGGUCUAUGCGGCAUGCAAAGCAGCGCGUAUCCACGACCAGAUUAUGAAAUUCUCGAAAAAGUACAACUCCAAGAUUGGAGAGCGUGGCGUGCGGCUCAGUGGCGGCGAGCUACAACGCCUUGCCAUUGCGCGUGUUCUGCUGCGUCAGCCAAGUAUUGUAAUCUUGGAUGAAGCAACAAGCUCAGUGGACUCUGACACUGAAACAAGCGUCCAAGAAGCUAUUAAGGAGCUGAGUAAGGGACGCACUGUCGUGACUGUUGCGCACAGGCUGUCUACUGUCGUUGGCUGUGACGUGAUCCUGGUCCUUGAUAAAGGCGAGAUUAUUGAGAGAGGCACCCAUCAAGAAUUGGUUGACAAGGGUGGAAGAUAUGCACAUUUAUGGUCUUUGCAGACCCGAUCAUCAUGA